AUGGCAUUCGCGCCUCUAAUUUGCAUUGUUGAUUUCCAUCACGCGAGGGGACCAGAAGUGGAGAGAUGGUUUGGCGUCGAAGAAGGCGGCGCAGACCCGGCUGUCGAGAACGACUGGUCGAAUUUGUCGUUUAUGGCGCUGAGUGAUGGUGCGCAUGCCUCCACCGAAGACUACUCCUACUUCACACUGCGACGCGCCGAGACCCCAGAACACCCCGCUUCAAGCCUCUUUGGCAUAUCGUGUACGCGACAGCUGGAUGCCAGCAAGCUGAUUGAUCGACCGGCUGAGGUGACAAGGAGUACGGUGCAGAAGGCGGUUGUGGUUAUCAGCGAUAGCCCGCAGUACUUUGGAGCUAUCAAGGCACAAUUGGGGGUCGUCACUGCAGCAUGGUUCGCGCAGAGGGACUUCACCGAUGUCGACAUCCUGCAACGGUUCUCGGAGAGCCUGCCCACAUUGCUUAAAAACCAGGAGGGAGAGGCGGACCACUACUUUGGCAUUUCUCUGCGAGAGAUGAUCCACGAUUUCAAAUGGCAGACGCUCGUCCUUUUCAAGUGCGCUUUACUUCAACCAAAGAUGCUUUUUUUCGGCUCGCAUUGUGAGCGAUUAUGCAUGAUGCAGUUUGCUUUGAUUUCUCUGAUACCCGGCCUUAUUCGCCACCUCCAAGAUUCUGCUGAUCCCAAGUUCAAUUCGUGCGAGACGAAGCUCGUCAUGCCUACGUCCCUCAGGACAUCACAGCGUUCCUCACUACUCACAUACAUGGGUCUCCCUCUUCAGCUGUUUGGCAAAGGCUCGCUUUUCGGUCCGUACACACCACUACAGCAGCUCGACGUAUUGGCCGAUCAAGACACAAAGUCAUACAUCGUAGGCUCGACAAAUUCACUACUACUCCAGCAAAGAGAUCGAUAUAGCGACAUAUUGAUCAAUCUGGAUGAACAAUCCGUCAAUAUCACAUCCACCUCUCUGCAACACGCGCUCGCACUGUCAACGCCAGACCGCCGCUGGAUAGACUUUUUGACACAAACGGUCCAUGACACCUGGGACGAGUCCAACCCCAGCCGGCCUAAGGACCAUGGUUAUGCCGGUAGCGAAGAAUUUAUUCGGAUGCAAUUCGAAGAGUACCUGCUCGCGAUGCUGAGCGCGGUAAAAUUCAAAUCCUACCAAGAGAAAAAUAAGGAUAAAGAAAGAAUCAUCACGGAACACGAGGGCGACCCAGCAGGAGAAUUCUCAAACAACUAUAUUCACGCAUGGAUGCAGACGGAAAACUUCCGUAUAUGGAACAAAUUUACCGACUCGCACCUCUUCGACAUCGUCGAACCAAAACAUCCCUGCUCAGGCGGUCUCAGCAUCGAAGACGUCCAACGGCGUCUUGCGCAGCAAAUAGAGCACCUGCAACUGGACGAGCGGCUCCAAAACUCCCGUGAAGCAAUUGGCAAACAGCUCGCCGUCGGUCAGAAAAAAGUGUCCUCCGCCUUCGACAGCCUCUGGGCGCAAAUGGAAGCUGUCCGUGAAGCACAGCGGAAAAGACAAGAAGAGAACCGCCUAGCGAAAGAAAUCGAGCCUAGCAGUCCCGUCGUCUCAGAAUCAAAUCCGAAGUUAGUCCACGCGCAAGCAAAUAUUCAAGCCGCGUCUACACGAGCAGGCGCGUAUCUUUCUUCGUGGGGUGCGUGGGCGAGUGAGAAGAAAAAGGGCUGGCAGGCGAGUAGAAGCGCUUCUAGCACGCCGAUACAGAGCCCGGGACUGCCAAGUGAACCGUCGCCGGGGGACUUUAAACGUGCAGAAGAGUUCAAGAGGGAAAAGGAUGGGUUUGUAGACCUGGGGUCGAAGCCAUUGAGCAGUGCGCGGACGGCGCCCGCGGAGGUGCCGGUUGAGGGGAGGAAAGAGCGGUUGUUUGAUUAUGAUGUAGAGAAGGACGGGGAGAAGAGCAUGGAGGCGGAAAGUGUGAAGUGA